CGGCGCAGGCACCGGCACUGGACAUGGCUGCGGCUUCCCUCGUGACUAAGUUUGCUGCCCGGCUACUCCGGCCGGCGCAGAGCUGCCGCCCCCGCCAUCGCUCCCUCCACCUUUCGGAAGUACGAAAUGAAGCGGUGGUCAUUUCUGGAAGGAAACUGGCUCAGCAGAUCAAGCAAGAAGUUCAUCAGGAGGUGGACCAGUGGGUGGCAUUGGGCAACAAACGACCACACCUGAGCGUGGUUCUGGUCGGAGAGAAUCCUGCAAGUCAUUCUUACGUCCUCAACAAAACCAGGGCUGCUGCAGAUGUGGGAAUCAUCAGUGAAACAAUUUUGAAACCAGCUUCGAUUUCCGAGGAAGAACUGUUGAAUUUAAUCAAUAAACUCAACAACGAUGACAAUGUAGAUGGCCUCCUUGUUCAGCUUCCUCUUCCAGAGCACAUCGACGAGAGAAAGGUCUGCAAUGCUGUUUCUCCAGACAAGGAUGUUGAUGGCUUUCAUGUAAUUAAUGUGGGGAGAAUGUGUUUGGACCAGUAUUCCAUGUUACCUGCAACUCCAUGGGGUGUUUGGGAGAUAAUUAAGCGAACAGGAAUUCCAACCCUAGGGAAGAAUGUGGUGGUUGUUGGACGGUCAAAAAAUGUUGGGAUGCCUAUUGCGAUGUUGCUGCACACAGAUGGGGCACAUGAACGUCCUGGAGGUGAUGCCACUGUUACAAUAUCUCAUCGGUACACUCCCAAAGAGCAGUUGAAGAAACAUACAAUUCUUGCAGAUAUUGUGGUGUCUGCCGCAGGCAUUCCCAAUCUUAUUACUGCAGAUAUGAUCCAGGAAGGAGCAGCUGUCAUUGACGUGGGAAUAAAUAGAGUUCAAGAUCCCGUGACUUCUAAACCCAAGUUGGUUGGGGAUGUGGAUUUUGAAGGAGUCCGGAAAAAAGCCGGAUACAUCACUCCGGUUCCUGGAGGUGUUGGUCCCAUGACAGUGGCGAUGCUAAUGAAGAAUACCAUCAUUGCUGCAAAAAAACUGCUGAGGCCUGAAGAACGAGAAGUGAAGUCUAAAGAGCGUGGAGUAGCAUCCAACUAACUGUUGUAUUAUCUGGGUCAUCAGCA